CUGUGUGCGCUGCCCCCUCCGGGGGACGUUGCUUCUCUGGCGAGGGGGCAAGUCCUGUGUUUGUUACCUGGCAGCGGUGCUGGUGUGGGGUUUUAUCUGUAUGUUUUCGGGGUUGCCUCUUCUCUUUCGGGAGGCCUGGGGUGGUGUGGCGGGCUCGUGGGCAGAUGGGGCUGAGCUGUCCUGGCUUUGGGCUGGGGCUGAGGCGCUCUCCUGAGAGGAGGUGGGGGGAGAAGGUCAGAGAGUCCUUAAAACAUUUAUUUGCAGGGGUCUGUCACGCCUAAAAUCGAGUAGCUUUGAUUGCAAGGGUGUUGCUUGUAUCUUUGGGAUCAGGAGGAAUGUAUUCAUGAACAUCUUCACCAGCAUGGGAUUGUUUGGGGUUGUUUUGCUUUGUUUUGUUUUUCUGGUCAUGUCUCUCUUUGUUUUUCCCUAUGGUUGAAAAAAAAUGCGUUCUGAUGUUCUGCAGUCCUCUCCUGCAUAGCUAGGAGGCUGGAUGCUUGAGAGACCUCUCAAAGCUUAGGUCUGCUUCCUUGUCUGUUUUCCCAUGCCCCAUGCUGACAUGCAGGAAGCAAGAAAAAAAAAAAAAAAAAGCUGUUGCAAUCUUGUUGAUGGUACUAAACUGUUGCCACUUUAAAAAGAUACAGAGAUCUGUGUUGAGAGGAAAGGGGACAGUUGCUUGUAUCCAGAGUGGCUAGGAUCAGGAUCUACAUUUUCAUAUACUCCUGAUGGUAACAUUUUAAAAACCAAAACCAAACCAGUCAAGCUUUUCAGACUAUAAAGUAGGUAGUAAAGCCAUUAAUCCUUUUUUCCAUCGAAAAAAAUUUUGUUCUUCCAGGAGUUAAUCUGUCUCUACUAGUUUAGGCUUAGUUAUAAUACUAAUAUUCAGCAUCUCCUUUGGCUGCAUCUGCAACACUUGCUUUUUGGUGACUUCUGUUGGAAUAACAGAUGUUGGAGAUUCCUUCCUCCUAAGAGUUUUACUUGGUUCUUCGAGCUCUCCCCACCUUUCUAGGGAAGCUGUUCCCAUGGCGUGUGGGGAAUGCAACGCUUCAGCACCCACUCAGGAUCCGACACGCAGGAACAUCAUCCACUUCCAGCACAGAGAACUGAAGUGCAGAUAGCAGAACCCAGCUGGAAGGUGAAUCAUGAUUCCAGUCACUGAAUUACGCUACUUUGCUGACACUCAGCCCGCAUACCGCAUCCUGAAGCCAUGGUGGGAUGUCUUCACAGACUACAUUUCCAUCGUGAUGCUGAUGAUUGCGGUGUUCGGUGGGACGCUUCAGGUUACCCAGGACAAAAUGAUUUGUUUGCCUUGUAAAUGGGUUACCAAAGACUCUUGCAAUGACUCAGUCAGAGGUUGGACAGCUUCAGCCCCAGAACGUACCUACUAUAACUCUAGUCCUGUUCCCUCUACGGAUAUAGGGCCUAAAGGGAUCAAAUAUGAUUUGGACCGGCACCAGUACAACUAUGUGGAUGCGGUGUGCUAUGAGAAUCGUCUUCACUGGUUUGCCAAGUAUUUUCCUUAUCUGGUGCUGCUACAUACUCUCAUCUUCCUGGCUUGUAGCAACUUCUGGUUCAAAUUCCCAAGGACCAGCUCCAAGUUGGAGCAUUUUGUGUCUAUUUUGCUUAAGUGUUUUGACUCUCCGUGGACAACAAGGGCAUUAUCUGAGACAGUGGUGGAGGAAAGUGAUACCAAGCCAGCAUUUGGGAAAAUGAAUGGCUCCAUGGACAAGAAAUCCUCCACAGUCAGUGAGGAUGUGGAAGCUACUGUUCCCAUGCUGCAGAGAACAAAGUCUCGAAUUGAGCAAGGAAUUGUGGACCGGUCUGAGACUGGUGUCUUGGACAAAAAGGAAGGUGAACAAGCCAAAGCACUCUUUGAGAAAGUGAAGAAGUUCCGCACACACGUGGAAGAGGGAGAUAUAGUUUAUCGCCUGUACAUGAGACAGACCAUCAUCAAAGUGAUCAAGUUCAUUCUGAUCAUCUGCUAUACUGUUUAUUAUGUCAACAACAUAACGUUUGAUGUUGACUGUAAAGUGGACAUUGAGAGCUUGACUGGCUACAGGAUGUACCGCUGUGCUCACCCUUUGGCCACUCUCUUCAAAAUCUUGGCAUCUUUCUACAUCAGUUUGGUGAUAUUCUAUGGCUUGAUCUGCAUGUACACACUCUGGUGGAUGCUGAGGCGAUCGCUCAAGAAAUACUCCUUUGAGUCCAUCCGGGAGGAGAGCAGUUACAGUGACAUUCCUGAUGUGAAAAAUGACUUUGCUUUUAUGCUCCAUCUGAUCGAUCAGUAUGACCCCCUGUACUCCAAGCGCUUUGCUGUCUUUCUGUCAGAGGUGAGUGAGAACAAACUGCGGCAGCUGAACCUCAACAAUGAGUGGACUCUGGAGAAGCUGCGCCAGAGGAUCACCAAGAACUCCCAGGAUAAGCUGGAGCUGCAUCUCUUCAUGUUGAGUGGUAUUCCUGACACGGUCUUUGACCUCAUUGAGCUGGAGGUCUUGAAGCUGGAGCUUAUCCCUGAUGUCACUAUUCCCCCAAGCAUUGCUCAGCUCACCAGCCUUAAGGAACUGUGGCUCUACCACACAGCUGCCAAAAUUGAGGCUCCAGCCCUUGCCUUCCUGAGGGAGAAUUUGAAAUCUCUUCACAUCAAGUUCACAGACAUCAAGGAGAUUCCUCUUUGGAUUUAUAGCCUGAAGACACUAGAGGAGCUUCAUCUGACAGGAAACUUGAGUGCUGAAAACAAUCGGUACAUUGUCAUAGAUGGAUUGAGAGAGCUGAAGAGGCUGAAGGUGUUAAGGCUGAAGAGUAACCUGACCAAGCUGCCACAGGUGGUGACAGAUGUUGGGGUGCAUCUUCAGAAGCUUUCCAUCAACAACGAGGGCACCAAACUCAUUGUUCUCAACAGCCUUAAGAAAAUGGUCAACUUGACAGAGCUUGAGCUGAUCCGCUGUGACUUGGAACGCAUUCCUCACUCUAUCUUUAGCCUCCACAAUCUGCAGGAGAUAGACUUGAAGGACAAUAACCUAAAGACCAUUGAAGAAAUCAUCAGCUUCCAGCACUUACAUCGUCUCACUUGCCUUAAGUUGUGGUACAACCACAUUGCCUAUAUCCCCAUGCAAAUAGGCAACCUCACCAAUUUAGAGCGCCUUUACCUGAACCGUAACAAGAUAGAUAAGAUCCCCACCCAGCUCUUCUAUUGCCGAAAACUGCGAUAUCUGGAUCUCAGCCACAACAACCUGACUUUCAUACCACCAGAUGUUGGACUUCUUCAAAACCUACAGAGCCUUGCUGUGACAGCCAACAGGAUUGAAAGUCUCCCACCAGAGCUGUUCCAGUGCAGGAAGCUGAGAACCUUGCACCUGGGAAACAAUGUGCUGCAGUCACUUCCAUCCCGGGUUGGAGAGCUGACAAAUCUGUCACAGAUAGAGCUGCGAGGGAACCGCUUGGAGUGCCUGCCUGUGGAGCUGGGGGAGUGUCCUCUGCUGAAACGCAGUGGGCUGGUGGUGGAGGAGGACCUGUUCAACACACUGCCCUUGGAAAUCAAAGAGCGGCUGUGGAGGGCAGACAAAGAGCAAGCUUGAACCCUUGGAAAAAGGGAAAAGCUUCUGACCAACUAGAAGGAAACAAAAGGCCAUUCCAGUCCCCUGUUCCCCACAUUGUCCCCUUUCUUCCCUCUGAUCACCACCAGACUAGCCAAGGAGUCCCUGAACAAUCACAACUCUGAAUGAGGUGGCUUCUUGCCUCAGAUGCAGGAUGGGGGAAGCUUGGAAUGAGGAUGAGGAUCAAAACAGAUUAGUUGGCCUCUGAGCAAGGGCCAGUGGGAGUAAGAGGUGUUGCUGUUCUUCUGGACUGGAAGUGGGCGAGGUGGAUGGUGCUGGUGAGAAGAAAUUACCUUUGAACGGAGGAGAAAAUGACAUGCAGGGAUUCCUGCAUUGCUCCAAAUGGGGCUUACAUGAGUCAGGGUCUGAGAGUGCCCUGCAAGCAAAGAUCAAGAGGCUAGAAAACCUCUUGAACCUCCAUCUCUUUCUGUGACACCUGGUACUGUUCCCCUCUGACCUGGAGAUUCAGGCAGUGAGGCCCCUUGGUGGGGUGGGAUAGGAUACAGACAGCUGAUUUUUAUCUAGAUGCUGGCAUUAGGAUUUGGGGGAUAAAUUUAUCUCAGACAUCAGCUUGAGUGCAAGAUCUGUCUUUUUUUUUUUUUUUUAAAUUACUAAUUGUCUUUCCCCAUUGCACUCCACACCUUCUCCUCUGCUGCUGGAGAAGAAACCAAAGCCCCCAAACUGUAUCUGCUGAUAUAAGAUUGCACUAUUUUAAGUUACUAGUCACUUGUGCUGAUGAGUAGAUCACAUAGCAUCCUUCUCCAGCUGAUGUGCUGGAGGCACUAACUGACAAUUCCAGAGUUUUAGCUUGUUCUGAAAUGGAUGGCUGUAGUGCAAGAGGGAGAUCUGGAUUAAAAUGAGUCGAGCUGUCUAAUCUGUUCUCCCAGAAACAUUGAGUUGCUUCUGUAUCUGGCUUUUAAAUUCCUGGUAUUUUGUCACAUAUCAAAUAUGAACAUACAUCUGGCCAUUGUGUUGGGGUCUCUCCUGGGGUUGGUGGUGUUAGCAAAGAGGAACACUCGGGUUUCCUCUGCACCUCUUGCUCCCCCCUGUUCAGUUGUUAGAUGCUUUGCCAGUGUUUUCAUGAACACAGUCUACAGAGCUGUUUGACUGUUCUUUUCUGUUGUCCUCCUCACUUCAACAGCUGUCAGUUCCUGUUACACCUCUUAACCUAAAUAAGAGGCUAAUGCUGAUUGAACUUGGUGCUGGGAAAGAAAUCUCUUAUCUCUUCCCCAUUUCAUUCUCUUGGUGUUAAGGAGCAGUAUGAGAAUCCUCCAUGGACUGAGCUCUUCUAGAUCCCUGGAACAGAGCAGUAUUUAUUGAAACAAGCCUGACCUUUUUGGUACUGUUUGACACAUGCAAAAAAAAAACCCAAAACCACCCAACCUUCUGCACUGGCAGAGGUAGAUAACCUGUAAUAGCUACAGAUAAUCAUGUCCUUAAGGUGAGGUGGUUAAGGUGUGCCUACAGUACACCUGAAGUCUGCUCUUUUCCAUCAGAAGGAAGAGGAGGCUCAUGGACCUGCAGGUCCUGGUUGUGAUGUUCUGCAUCAGCCCAACAGUUUGGCUCCAAGGUGGAGUGCUGCGAGCUGAGGCAUGACGAGUUUGGAGGCCUCCCAUGGGUACAACAAGGGGAAGCUGCAGCCAUCCCCAAAUUGGAUCCUGGUGAGCUGCCAGUGGGUGCCCUGGCUUAGCAAAUCCUGGUGAUCCCUUCCAUGUUGGGGCAACAGGGCACGCUGUGGCUUUCUUCAUCAGAUGUAAGAUAUGAAAUAUAUACACUAAACAUGCUGAAACCAUGAACAAUGCUGACUGGGCUCUGGAUUUGUUGAUGUUCAGAUGCUUAAAUAAAGCUGCAUUAAAAUCCAGGAGAUCUGUUUAUAAAACUGUUUUUAAGAAAGAUGUAAA